CCUAUACCUUCUCUGGAGCCAAGCAAUAUACAUGAUAGUUUUCUUACACCCAGAAUUGAUGCCUUAUCCAAUUCUAUUCCUGUCCUGAAUGUCCAUCACCUACUUAAUGAUGAUAUCAAUCAUGCAUAUACACUCACACAAAGCAAUGAUGAAAAUUUGACAAGCAAUUAUUUACAUGGAGUUGCACAGAUGCAAAGAAGAUUAUUGGAAUUCAAAGGUAUAAUCUAUAACCACAUUAGAACUGGAAUGCAAUCUUUACAUCCAGUACUUGACAAAGUGCAUCAAAAUACAUGCCAAGCAAAGCAAUUUGCUGUCAAGCAGCACUGA